UACCACCACGUCUCUAUAUAUAACGCCCCACCCCAUCCUCUUCUCUUCUUAUUCCUUAGGGUUCUUUGGGUUGCAGCCGCAGAGGGAGCCAGAGAAGUCGCACGCCAUGGGGAGAAGACCUGCCAGGUGUUAUCGUCAGAUUAAGAACAAGCCAUACCCAAAAUCACGGUAUUGCCGUGGUGUACCUGACCCCAAGAUCAGGAUUUAUGAUGUAGGAAUGAAAAAGAAAGGAGUGGAUGAGUUUCCUUUCUGUGUUCAUUUGGUGUCAUGGGAGAAGGAAAAUGUUUCGAGUGAAGCUCUUGAGGCUGCACGUAUUGCUUGCAACAAAUAUAUGGCCAAAUUUGCUGGGAAAGAUGCGUUCCAUUUGCGAGUCAGGGUGCACCCUUUCCAUGUCCUGCGUAUCAACAAGAUGCUUUCAUGUGCUGGAGCUGAUAGGCUUCAGACUGGGAUGAGGGGUGCUUUUGGGAAACCUCAGGGAACUUGCGCGAGGGUGAGCAUUGGCCAAGUUCUUCUGUCUGUUCGUUGCAAGGACAGCAACAGCCAUCACGCACAGGAGGCCCUACGCCGUGCCAAAUUUAAGUUUCCUGGCCGUCAGAAGAUCAUUGUCAGCAGGAAGUGGGGUUUCACAAAGUUCAGCCGAACUGAUUAUCAGAGGUUCAAAUCAGAGAACCGAAUUGUGCCAGAUGGUGUCAAUGCCAAGCUUCUUGGAUGCCAUGGACCUUUGGCUAGGCGUCAACCUGGAAGAGCAUUUUUGGAUGCUAUUGCUUAAUAUUUGGAUAAUACUAUUCUCGGCAUUUGUGUUUUGAUUACUGUUUUAGCAGUUACCACCUUAAGUGGCUCUUUGCUUUUGUAAUGGAUCAGGUGUUAAAGAUUUUUCAAGAUGGUUGUUUGGUGGAUUUUCAUAUUCUGUUUAAUGUUUGGAACAAUUUUGUCAUCUUUGAAAUUAUUUAGUUUCUUAUUUUUGCUCAA